AUGUCGGCCAUCGCUAAGUCCUUCCUCGGCUCGUCCAUCAAGGCCCCCGUGGCCGGCGCUCGCGGCUCCCGUCAGGUGACGCGCGCCGCCGUGGAGUUCUACGGCCCGGACCGCGUCAAGUGGCUCGGCCCCUUCUCGGAGGGCGAUGUGCCGGACUACCUCACCGGCGAGUUCCCGGGCGACUACGGCUGGGACACGGCCGGUCUCUCGGCGGACCCCCAGACGUUCGCGGCCUACCGUGAGGCGGAGCUGAUCCACGCCCGCUGGGCCAUGCUCGGCGCGCUCGGCUGCAUCACGCCGGAGCUGCUCGCGCGCUCGGCCGGCAUCGAGUUCGGCGAGUCGGUCUGGUUCAAGGCCGGCGCGCAGAUCUUCCAGGAGGGCGGCCUGGACUACCUGGGCAACUCGAACCUCAUCCACGCCCAGUCGAUCCUGGCCAUCCUGGCCGUCCAGGUCCUCCUGAUGGGCGGCGCUGAGGCGUUCCGCGUCAACGGCGGCCCGCUCGGCGAGGGCCUCGACAACCUGCACCCGGGCGGCGCCUUCGACCCCCUGGGCCUGGCUGACGACCCCGACACGUUCGCGGAGCUCAAGGUCAAGGAGAUCAAGAACGGCCGCCUGGCCAUGUUCUCGAUGUUCGGCUUCUUCGUGCAGGCCAUCGUGACCGGCAAGGGCCCGAUCGAGAACCUGUACGACCACCUGGCCGACCCCGGCGCGGUGAACGGCUUCACCAUCGGCGCCCAGAAGUUUGUCCCCACGGCCUAA